AUGGCAUCUUACGACAGUCUCAAAACCGCCGCCACUUCCCUCUGUACCGCCUUCGCCACCGAGCAGCCGCCCUCCACGCUCCUCACCCACUUCAGCACCACCCCGCCGCCCAUCGCGCACGAGCACGGUCUGCCGUGCCUCGCGCCGUUCGUCGGCCGCGAGUUCCGGGGCGCCAAUGAGGUAGCCAAGUACUUCGGCAUCCUGGCAGACCAACUGUCGUUCCGCAACAUGGAAUUUGACGACUACGUAGUCGACACAAGAGAGCAAAAGGUGAGUGUGCGGGGACGGUCGAGAUUCGUUUGGACGGCAACGGGCGAAGCGUGGAAUGAGGUGUUUACGUAUACGUUGGGCUUUGUGGAGGAGGACGGGGAGAUCAAGGUGAGCAAGUAUGAGGUGUGGGCGGAUACAGGUGCUGCUUAUCUGGCGCGGAAAGGGAAAUUGAAAGAGUGCGAAACGCAGAACGAUUAA